ACGGCGUUGUCAGUAUUUUAUCGCACCUUGGUGGGGUGCGCGUAUGCGUUCAUGGCCCACACACCUUGCUGAAGUUUGCUCGCGCGGAAUUUUUUUCCAAACAGAGCUCCAUCGCGAGCUCCAGUGCUGUUUUCGAAUUCAGCUUUUUCAGCUUGUUGCUCUGUAGCCCUUUUCCGGGACAGCAUGGCAACCGGCACGACCACCAACGGACGUCUCAUGUUCACCCAGACUUCCUGCUAUCUCUGCAGCGAUUGGCUGGAUGAUUCUGACGUCGAGAUCCACUUACGCAAGUGCCGCCGACAGCAAACCGUGUGUCCGAACCGUUGCGGAGCCAUCGUCGCCAAGAAAGAUCUUCAGCUGCACAGCAACACUUGCCCGAAGAGUUACGGUAUGGAGUCGUCGAACGAACCGUCGAACGAGUACGUCACCCCGCCGAACGAGGAGCAGGUUGGGGAGGAGUUAUCGGUGGAGCAGGUCCUCCAGACGUUGGAGAAUGACAUUAGCAGCCUCCAGCUGCUGCAGACGGCGCAGAAGGAGAAGCACACUGAUGUGCAGAGCGAGCUGGCGCAUUUGAAGAAUUACUACGACGUAUCGCAUCGCUGGACCGGCAAGGUGUACGAAUCUAUCGUCGCGUUGUACAAGAUGUGCUACCAGGACAAGAUGCAGCACUCGCUCGAUAUUUCCGGGUUGCGGGAACAGCUGAAGGGAACGAAUGAGUGGCGGACCGACAUUGUCAACCGGAUUGAUGCAUUGGAGAAGACCCUGUUCUUCGUCAAUCAGGACCGGGCAGCGAUCGAGCAGGAGGCAGCCGUGUCCUGCCUGACAAAGCAGGCUGCUGCCCUGUCCAUGGGACCGGAUGAUGGGCAGCAGCCCUCGACAUCGAAAGCCUGCCAGCCGCUGGCACUGAGCGCCCUGAACAGCGCACCGUACCACACGCUUCCGGCAGGCUCGUGCGAUUCGACGUCCUCCUCCUCCUCGAUGGAACCGGUAGUGGAAGUGAAGGGUCCGAUCAAGGAAAUACUCGACGACAUCCACAAGUACCAGGUGAAGCUUAACUACAACCAGAAGGACAUCACGAUCCGGCUGUUCGAGUGCGAGGAGCGGAUGGUCGAGCUGGAGAACACGCUGAAGAAGUGCCGCCGCGAAACGUACCACACCAAGCAGCGCACCGAGGAGCUGCAGACGAACAUGCUGAUGGCGAACAACCGGGGCACGCCGGCCAGCGAGAACGGCCACGUCAUGUGGCGCAUCGACAACUUUGCCAACCGGUUGCAGCAAUCGAAGGAGCUGGAAACGAUGAUGAAGGGUCCGAUCUUUACGAAUUACCCCUACGGAUACAUGCUGCAGCUGGAGGUCAGCCUGUACGGCAUCGGGACUUGGCGCGGGCGCAAUCUGAUCGCCGGUCUGACCAUCCUGCCCGGCCCGUACGACGAGCUGCUCGAGUGGCCGUGCCGGCUGUCCGCCACCAUCUGCGUGCGCGAUCAGGCAGCGAACCCGGCCGAGGCCGUACCGAUCUACAAACCGAUCGUGGCGAAGGUGAAGGGCCAGCGGGACAAGAAUCAGCACUACGUGUACGUUCCGCACGACCAGCUGUACUCGCGUGGCUACGUCAAGAAGGAUACGCUCUUCCUGGAGGUGUUCGUCGGGGAGGAGGGAAGCGACUCCAGCGAGCUGUAGCGAGCAGCCGGUAGCAACGCGAUCAUGGUGGACGUGGUUUGGCCGGCGUAACUCUCCACAGGGCAGCUACGCCCAGCGCGAUGACAGUGGUAAUGGUACCGGCGAUGGCCGGGUAGUAGCAGGCAACGAACUCUGCAUGCCUACGGAACGCUCUCAAACGCUGGCCAGAUCAACCAUCGGUUGUAGUAUUCUGUUUUUUUUUUAAAUAUUUCACUUACAUUCAUUUCCAUUCGCACUUGUAUUACACCGUUUCCCAAGCACAGGUCAACAACGUUUAAGCUGCUUUUGAACAUUGUUCUAUUGUAAGUAAACAUUUGAAGUCCGACUGAAGUACUGAAGUACUGAAUCUAAACUUCGUUCAAUAGUAACUAAACAAUAGUAACUAAACAAACCCCUUGAAGUUGAUCCUGUUUACUGUGUGGAGUUAAGACUUUUGCUUGUUAUUAAUUUUUAAAAAUAAUUUGAUUUUUUUGCCUAUAUUUUAUCCAAAUUCCUUUAAAAUUAAAAAUUGACUAUUCAAAUAGAACAGAUCAAUAAACACGAAGCUCUAAACAAUUUAAAUUACACCAAAUAAACAUCAAAGCAACGAACUCAAGUAAUAUAAACGUACGUUGCGAUUGAACAAUGUUCAGAAAAGUAUCAGUAUUUCAAUUGGCCGCCAAAUGUUUACUUUUAGUUUACUAAUUGUUCAAAAUUCCCUUAACAUCGUAUUGUUCUUUAACUACUAUAACCUUCUACUGUAUAAGUAAGCAUGUGACGUACAACUGAACUGCUGAUGCCUAUCUGAAUAUUGUUCAAUCGUAACAAACCAAUUGGAAUUCCUAAGUGAAUUCGUUUGCCUCAUGCAGUUUAGCCUUUUGGUCGUGCCUUCCUGUACAAAAUCAAUUAGAAUUUGUUAGUCAAUUGCAACAAAAUGAACAUCAAAGAAAUGAACCCGGGUUUAGAUGUUUAGUCGCGAUUGAGCAUGAUUCAGAAUGGCAUCAGCAGUUCAGUUGGACGUCAAAUGUUUACCUCAAAGUUGAACAAUGCUCAAAAGCAGCCUUAACAUUGUUUACCAGAGCUCGGAAACGGUGCAUGUUCUCGCACAACGUCACACGCCCCGCCAGUAUCAAACGGGGCUGAUGUUAUCUUAUCGAUUUAGAUUUUAAUUGUGGAUCUGCUUGCGGCCAUGGUGGCCAUGGUAGCUCGCGGCACUAAGGCAGCAUAUCUCCGGCACGAAGAAAGAGCGAAACUAGUUUUACGCUCUCACUGGUUACUCGCCCGAGCAGCUUCUGGGCUGCUUCAGGAGCGCCUGAGCAGCGAAGUUCGUCGCAAAAAAACGAGAGAAGAUUGUGCUUUUAAUAGAUUUAUUUAAAAGAAAAUGCAUCAAAUUGCCCCAUUUUGGAAUUGCAAAAAUCAGAGUGAAACAGGAGAUGAUCCUUAAAAUUUAAAAUAAUAAUAAUAAUAACGCGAACAAACAACAAUUACACUGUACCGUUUCGGCAGAACAAUAAAGCACCGGCGAGCGCACCAACCGCGGCAGAAUCCUGAA